AGCUUUUCAUUUCGUAACCCUCCCCUGUGUCAUCCGAGAAACAGAGAGACAAAGAAUGGCUGAUCAAAUAGCGAAAGGUGAAGAAUUCGAAAAACAAGCAGAGAAGAAGCUUACGGGAUGGGCUUUCUUCGGUUCCAAGCAUGAAGAUGCAGCCGAUUUAUUUGAAAAAGCUGCCAAUUUUUAUAAACUCGGAAAAUCCUGGGAUCAAGCUGGAGCAGUAUACGUCAAAUUGGCUGAAUGCUAUCUGAAGUUGGAUAGCAAACAUGAAGCUGCUAAUGCUUAUGCUGAUGCAGGACACUGCUAUAAGAAAACAAACAGCACAGAGUGCAUAAAAAACCUAGAGCAAUCAUUAGAUAUAUUCAUGGAAAUUGGAAGGCUUGGUAUGUCUGCAAGAUACUGCAAGGAAAUAGCUGAGUUAUAUGAACAGGAACAAAACAUGGAGAAAUCAAUGGUUUACUAUGAUAAAGCAGCUGAUCUUUAUCAAGGUGAAGAAGUUAGCAGCUCUGCAAAUCAAUGCAGACUCAAAAUUGCACAAUUUGCUGCUGAACUUCAACAAUAUCAGAAAGCUAUUGAGAUUUAUGAAGACAUAUCAAAGCAAUCACUGAACAAUAAUCUGCUUAAGUAUGGAGUUAAAGGGCAUCUACUGAAUGCUGGAAUUUGUCAACUCUGUAAAGGCGAUGUUGUUGCUAUUACAAAUGCAUUGGACAAAUAUCAGGAUAUGGAUCCCACUUUUUCAGGAUCACGUGAAUACAGAUUGCUUGCGGAAUUGGCUGCUUCGAUUGAUGAGGAAGAUGUUGAGAAAUUUACUGAUGCAAUCAAGGAAUUCGAUAGCAUAACUAAGCUGGAUGCAUGGAAGACAACUCUUUUGUUGAGAGUAAAGGACAUGCUGAAGGCUAAGGAAUUGGAGGAAGAUGAUCUUACUUGAGUGCCUUUAUAUUUCUUAAAAAAAAAAAAACAAAUAUCUUCACUUGAUUUGUUAAUUCAUUAUUGCUUACAAUUUCUUGCCUUGUAUUAUUGG